AUGAACCACAAUAAUAAAUCGUCCCUUCCUUCAACAGGUACAGUCAACUCUAACGGCGAGACCAAGAGACAGAGGACGUCCUACACCAGGUACCAGACCCUCGAACUCGAGAAGGAGUUCCACUUCAACCGCUACCUGACGCGGCGACGGAGGAUAGAGAUCGCCCAUGCCCUCUGCCUCACCGAGCGGCAGAUCAAAAUAUGGUUCCAGAACCGUAGGAUGAAGUGGAAGAAGGAACACAAGAUGGCGAGCAUGAACGCCGGCAUGGGCAUGCACCCGCAGGCAUACCAUCAGAUGCACCACCAAAUGAUGCACCCACACCACCUUCACCCCCACCUCGCCGACUUCGAAACGAAAGGCUACUACUAG